AUGCCUCUUCAGCUCUUCUGUCGCCUGCAGCCCCGUGCACUCUCCUCGCCUCUGCGAUUCCUCGCGCCAAACAGAGUUCCCUUUCUCCGGACUUUCGCAGCCACUGCCAUUCGCCGCUCCGUCGAAAUGGAAACAGUAAACACGUCAGAGCGCCUAGCGAAGCUGAGGGAGUUGAUGCGAAAGCAUAACUUGGAUGUCUAUAUUGUGCCCUCCGAGGAUAGCCACCAGUCCGAGUACAUCGCCCAUUGCGACGCGCGCCGAGCUUUCAUCUCUGGCUUCUCCGGCUCUGCAGGAACUGCAGUUAUAUCGACCACUGCCGCUGCUCUUUCUACCGAUGGACGCUAUUUCAACCAAGCUGCCAAGCAGCUCGAUGACAACUGGACACUCUUGAAGAUGGGCUUAGAAGGUGUUUUGACAUGGCAAGAAUGGACUGCGGAGCAAGCCGAGGGAGGAAAAAUAGUCGGAGUAGACCCGGCUGUUAUUACUGCUGCUAGUGCAAGAAAACUUUCUGGCGCUCUAGAAAAAAACGGCUCAAAGCUUGUGGGAGUUGAUCAAAAUUUGGUGGAUCUAGUCUGGGGAGACGAGCGUCCCUCGAAACCAAAGGAAGCGGUCAAGGUCCAUCCUGCAGAGUACGCAGGAAAGUCUUUCCAGGACAAAAUCGCAGAGCUGCGAAAGGAACUCAAGGCCAAAAAGCGAGCUGGUUUCAUUGUGUCUGUCCUUGAUGAGAUUGCAUGGCUUUUCAACCUUCGAGGAAACGACAUCCCUUACAACCCUGUCUUUUUCUCAUACGCAGUGGUUACUCCGGACACGGUGGAUCUAUACGUUGAUGAGGAGAAGUUGACACCUGAGGUUAAAGCCCACCUUGGCUCAGAUGUGGUCAUCAAACCAUAUGAUGCCAUAUUUGCGGAUGCAAAGGCACUCGCUUCAAAAGCCCCUGUCACUGAAAGUGGCAACCCCAUGAAAUACCUAACCUCUAAUAAAGCGUCAUGGGCUCUGAGCCUGAGCCUGGGAGGCGAGAAGAAGGUGGAUGAGACUCGUAGCCCCAUCACCGAUGCCAAGGCCAUUAAGAAUGAGGUUGAGCUCAAGGGCAUGAGAGACUGCCAUAUUCGCGAUGGCGCAGCACUGACCGAAUAUUUCGCGUGGUUAGAAAAUGAACUGAUCAACAAGAAGUCCACUCUCGAUGAAGUGGACGGUGCAGAUAAGCUUGAACAGAUUCGCUCCAAGCACGAGAAAUUCGUUGGACUUUCGUUCGACACUAUCUCUUCAACUGGCGCAAAUGCCGCUGUCAUCCACUACAAGCCCGAAAAGGGUUAUUGCUCGACUAUAGAUCCUAAGGCAGUUUAUUUGUGUGAUUCUGGUGCGCAGUAUCUGGACGGUACGACGGAUACCACGCGGACGUUCCACUUUGGCACCCCCACUGAAUUGGAAAAGAAAACGUUCACUCUCGUCCUCAAGGGUCUCAUUGAGCUUGAUACGGCUGUGUUCCCCAAGGGCACGACCGGCUUUGCUCUCGAUUCACUCGCACGUCAACACUUAUGGCGACACGGCCUAGACUAUCUUCAUGGGACCGGCCACGGUGUGGGUGCCUACUUGAAUGUCCACGAAGGUCCUAUUGGUGUAGGCACACGCAUCCAAUAUUCCGAAGUACCUCUGUCCCCUGGUAACGUCAUUUCGGAUGAACCCGGAUACUAUGAGGACGGAAAAUUUGGCAUUCGUAUCGAAAAUAUCAUCAUGGCACGCGAGGUUGAAACGCCUUAUAAGUUUGGAGACAAGCCCUGGCUAGGAUUCGAGCAUGUCACCAUGACCCCGAUCGGGCAGAACCUCAUUGAAACAUCUCUUCUGACAGAAUCGGAGAGACAGUGGGUGAACAACUACCAUGCGGAGGUGGCAGAAACUGGUAUGAGUGGUCGAAGCCCUUACGCAAACGGAUACGGAUAUCCCUCCGACUCGGGACGCUCAGAAGGCGGAGGAGGUUAUGGCAGUUCCAGCAGUCUCGGCGUGAACGGAUACGGGGUAGCAAAUAAUGGAGGCGGAGGUGGAAAUCGAGAUCGAGAGCGACGUCCUGGUGGAUAUGGUGGAUUUUACGAUGAAUCGCAGCGUCCCACGACAUCGUCCUCGACUGCAUCCUACCACGGUCGAGACCGAGAUCGAGACUACGAGCGUGGCCGAGGGACCCGUGAGCGGCCUUCAGCGGCUUCCUCGUCAUCACGAUCGCGCCCGGGAGAUGUGAAUUCUGGCAAUAGAUGGCGGCAGGGAAGGGAUGAUACUGACUACACGAGGAUCGCGCAAACAAAUCGCUCAGAUGGUGUGGCCGCCGCCGGAGGACGCGGACCUCAAACAAUCGAAGAGGUGCUUCAAGCUAUUCAACGGGGCUGGGGCUUCAUGGCAACAGAGGACUGCACACCGGUACAGGUAGCAUUACAAUUGAUGGACAACAGCACUCUAGGCAAGGCAGAUCGCGAACCCGAAUUCCUACAAACACAAAAACAGAUCCAGAAGACACUGAAGAGCAUUGUCAAUGAACAUCACCAGGGAUUCAAUAGCUCCAUCGGUACCUAUCACAAAAUACAGUCCAGUAUCCAUAGCUCUCAAAACCGUGUCCGCACACUGAGGCAUUCACUUGAAGAGACUAAAGCUGGUCUGCUCACGACGAAACCAGAGCUACAAGGUCUGGCCACAUCGUCCCAAGACUACGAUGAUAUCCUGCAGCUCUUCAAUCAUAUUCAUGAGAUACAAUUGCUUCCAGAAAAGCUAGAACAAAGGAUAUCAGACAAGCGCUUUCUGGCGGCUGUGGAUAUCCUCCACGAGGGCCUUCGACUAAUGCGUCGAUCCGAGUUUGAGAACAUCGGGGCUCUCACCGACCUUCGAUCAUACUUCUCCAAUCAAGAAACAUCUUUAACGGAGAUUUUGAUCGAAGAGCUACAUGAUCAUCUAUAUCUCAAAUCGCCUUACUGCCAAGAUCGUUGGAAGUCGCCAGCCACUGAAGGUGAAGGGGCUAGUCUAGGCUCAUCGACUGGAGGAUCAUGGGAUAGGCCCGUAUAUGGCUUCCUUGCAAAGCUUGACGCGUCAGUUCCUAUGGUUGAGGAUUCUUCCCGCAAUCCUGAAGCGGAUACCUUUUAUUACAUUAACCUGAUCAUUGAAGCUCUGAAUCGCAUGGGCAAUCUGGAUGUCGCUGUAGACAGAAUCGAGCAGAGAUUGCCAGUGGAAUUGUUCUCCGUCGUAGAUAAAACAAGCGCGGAAGUGGACGCUCGCCAUCCGAAUCUAUCGCGGGGCCUUUUGUCCAAGGACAAUAAAACUGGGUUGCCGACGGAGAUCAACGACCAGCGGGGCCCUGUACUGACGGAAUUUCUCUUGAAUCUAUAUGCCAAAUUCGAGGCCAUUGCUGAAGGCCAUCGCGUCGUUCAUGAUGUGAUAGUCGGCAUUGUUGAGCGUGAAGCGGGGCUUAGAAGCACCAUAGCAGAUGGAUUCAAGGAGUUGUGGAAACUCUAUCAGAGUGAAAUCCGAUCUCUUCUACAUGACUACCUUGCCACAGACGGCGAUGAUUCCUAUCGAACGGUUCCGCGACAAGCGGAUAUGAGACGAAAUUUCUCUUUGAAUCAGAGAGAUAGGACCAGGAAAAUGUUCAAAAUGUCGGAUGUGGACCAAAAGUCGAGUGAUAUGAAAACUGAAAGAGACGAGCUGGAUGAAAUUUUGCGGUCUUCCGUUCCUGGUCUUGUAACCAAGACAGCUGAGAGAACCGCUACUGAUGGUGGAUCGAAAACGAAGCAAGGAAAUUCAGGCACUGGCCAUAAGCUUCUCAUCCAGCCGAGUGUCUUCAAUAUGGGGCUUCUUCUUCCUCCUUCUCUCUCCUUCAUUCAACGAAUCAAAGACAUUGUACCGGCCGAUUCAGAAAUAGUCAUGAGUACUCUGACUUACUUCCUGGACGACUUUUUGGUCAAUGUUUUCCAGCCACAAUUAGAAGAAGCGGUCACUGAUCUCUGCGCAUUGUCUUUUAUUGCUCCAGAUGCCUUUGCGGAGGAUCCCAACUGGGUUGCGGUGUCUCCAAAGCCAAUAUUUAAGGGCACCGUCAACUUUAUGUCUUUGGUUAAAGCGUUUAGUAAAAUGCUUGACAGUAUUCCCCACGACCAAAUGUUCACUCAAAUGGUGCUCAGUCAGAUCGUUACCUACUACGAUAAAUGCUGUGGCUGGUACAAGGCCAUGAUUACACGACUGUCAUCUCAAGCCAAUGGAGGCACUCGACUGAAAAUGCCUGCCUCGUUUGCCGAUGCGGGUGAAAUCCAUGAAACCGUUAGAAAGCUGCUUCUAGGGAACGGCGACAGGAAAUCGCUCAUUGACAAGUAUCACCAGGAAACUGAAUUGCUACUACAAGAAACAAGCGCAACACCGUUGGAUGAAUACGACCUGAUAUCCGACCCCAAGAAUGUGGUAACACUGUCUCUACUACAUAACAGCUUGCAAUGGCUUGUUAGCCAUCUCUCAAAACUCCGGUACAUCACCAAUAGCACAGUCGACUCGAGCCGAAACGACUCAAAGCGGAUGACGCAUGCUCGCCGAUGGACUCUGAUCAGCAAUAUGAAGGGACGGCGGGACAGCGUCAGCCAGCCAGUGUAUCUACCAAUGAAUAACGAAACCGUCGUCAUCUUCGACAACACGCUCAACUCUAUACGCAAUCUUGCAAACAGCGCUCUCCUCGCUUUGCAUAUCGACGUUAGAUGUAGGGUGAUACAUGUUUUAACCAAGGCAAUGGCCGGGCCAGAAGGCCCGCAAAUACUGGAAGCGACGCCUACGACUCCAGCUCCGAGUUCGAAUACUAAUUGGCAUUUGAUUCUUCCAAACUCGCCCUCGGCUGCGUCUCCGCAGGUCUUAGAACUGAACAACGAACUCAUUGCAAUCGAUACCAGUCUCUCUUCGUACCUGGCGCCAAGCGAAGGGCAGUUCAUUACAUCAGGGCUAGCACGGUUCAUCGACCAGACAUUCAUCUUCUGCACUCAGUACAUUGGGGCGAUGAAUCACAACGGUGCACAGCGACUGCAACUCGACGUGCUUGUCCUGCAGCAAAACCUCAAGAACAUCAUUGUUCACAAUGGCGACGACCAAGAGCCAUCCGAAGUCGUUGCUCUUCCACGCAGCGCCAAAUUCUUGGACUGGUUUAUGGAAGGCCCACAGAAGGCAUUGGACCACGCGAAUGAAGAGAAAGAACUGUUUGCAUCGCAGGGCGACAAGGCUCUCGCGGCCGGCAACGGCGAGCCGUUCACAUAUGAGGAAUUGCGAGUGCUUAUUGAGCUCUGUUUCUCAGAGAUCAUGCGCGGACCACGGGGGGAGCAGAACCGCGAGGAUUUCAUGGCUGCCAAACGAAACAAUGGCGAUGCCAUGCUGCGAUUGAGCGAGGUGAUGUGGGAUAAUCGGCUACAGCCGCAAAUGUCCAUCCCUGCUAGCAUAGUCCCUGACUAUGUCCAACUGAGCUGCCAAGCGAAGCCAAUGCUGGUAAUGUCCCGAGGCCAUCUGCCCGCCAAAAACGCCACCGUGCCAAAACACGAGCUGUGCUAG